AUGGAAGAUGAUGAAUUAGAUGAUGAGGAAUACACAUCGAUAAGUGAACAAAGCGAUGAAGACCAAUCAAUAUCCGAAGGGAGUCGGGAGCGUGAUGAAGUGGUUGAAGACAAAUUCGCCACAAAUGACAUGCACGUAUAUCGUUCACAGGGUAAAUGGGAUCAUACAAAAGUGGACAAGGAUGAAUUUCAGCUUACUAUGUGGGAUGGGACAACCGCAACAAUCGGGAAAUGGACGUGUUUUAAGAACAAGAUCGAUCCAAAAAAUGGUACGUGCCUCCUGGAAAGACCACGGUUUGUGGGAGAUUGUGACAUGGGUGUCCAGCACAAUUGUAUGAAUCCCACCACGGAUAACAAUAAUCAAAAUGUGAGCGCAAUAGUUAUUGCUCAUCUCGUAAGGAAUAAGGUUGAGUUGGACCCGGAUUAUGAAGUGAAGCUCGUUCAGGAAGAAGUGAAAGAAUGUAUACAUGUCGAUGUUCCUUACCACAGGGCAUGGAGGGGAAUGAGAAAAGCUAUCAAUCUUGUUUACGGUGUCUUGGUUUCCAAUUUUGACAUACUUUCAAGUGGACGCUUGCAAAAGACAAAAACUAUCGUUGGGGAAGAAUACGUAGAGUCGAGGAAAUGCAUUACACCCCUCCCAACCGACUUGUGGGAAGACUUCUUGAAAAAAGAGAACAAAUCUGUGCAACACAAAGUCAAGUGUUACACUGCGGUUAAUGGGAAGUUCAAGGUGAAAAGUAAAAGCCGACUUGGUAAUAAAGGUGGCGAUGAGUACACUGUGAAAUAUGAAGAGAAGAACUAUUCGUGCAAGAAGUGGCAGGAGUAUAGGAUGCCUUGUUCACAUGCACUAGCCAUGUGUCGGAAGAUAAAAGAUCAACCAAUCAAUACGGUGGAUCCACAUUUCAGGGUUGUUGCUUGGCAAGACCAAUUCAGUGGGCACGAUAACUUUACCCCGGUUCCUGAUAAGAGAAAAUGGCCUAAGGCUUCCGCGCCCGAUAAGUAUGACAUUACCGGAUGCUAUAUAUUGAUGCAGAUAUGGGCUUGGGAGCGUUUCCCACGAAUUCAACUGAAGAGAAAAGUUAAAGACCAGAAUUACUUGACGCCGGGCGCUCCACUGGCCAAUAGGUCUAAAUGCCCAAAAUCCAAAUCGAAUAUCAUCGCUCAUUGUGUAGCUGGCAUCAUGGAUCAGUUAUCUAGCCUAAGGGAUGGUGAUACAGAAAAUCUAAGCGACAUAUAUCAUCUUCUUGAAUCCACCUUACGGGCAAAUCCUGGCCUCGGUGGUAGUUUCGAGGAAAAACUCUUAAAAAUUGUCAAUAGGAGUUUCAGUGCCUUGACUUUGGCCCCAAAUAAUAUGAGUACUCAGAGAGAUAGUGAUGUUCUUCAGAAAAAACAACCGAAGUCAAGUGGAAAUAUUGUGCUCACGCAGAAAAUAGUAUCUCAACCUACUGGAGGUGGAAGGAGGAGGCGACAACCGAGAAUUCGAUAUCGAAGAUUGAUAGUUCAUCCCAAUCCGUCUCCGAUGCAAGAAGAUGAUGGAGACCAUCAAAGUGAUGAAGAUUAUUACAUUGAGGGUGAGGAAGAAGAAGGAGAAGAAGAAGAAGAAGAAGAAGAAGAAGAAGAGUCCCCUCUACCUCGUGUUUCUUCCCAAAAGAAAAAAGAAAACGGCCGAGGUUCGCAAGUGUGA